CCCCCAUCUCUGCUAAGUACCACAAUGUUUAUAGCCCAGUACCCCUGAGCAUAGAUAGAGACUGGGGACGUAGGCAUAACGUGCUAAUUGUAGAUAGACAAUCUAACCACAAGUCUCGGUUGACGAAACCGACCACUCUACUACUAUGAUCAACGAAAAAACUCAACCCAAAAGAUACCCGAUAGCCGGUUCCUGCCUGCGAUACCAAAAUGGCUCUUAUCCUCUUAAUACCCCGCGUCAUAUCUUUAUCCGCCGCCCUUCCGGCUAUUUCUCGUCUGUUGACAUCGACCGGCCCGUGUCUUCUGCGCUCUUUAAUACCCAACAGAGCCAACGUCCGACCAUUCUCUUCUAUCCCUCUUCCUCCGGGAUACACUUUCUACCGAAAUCACAACGAUAACAACCCACCACCGCCCAAUAUGACACCCCGACCAGACCAGAUUUAUGUCUCUCACAUCCCAUCACCCCAAUUACCCCGGUCUUCUGUUUUCGAAUUCCUCUUCCCCAAGUCAAAACAAUACAACUACUUCCCUGCCCCCGCGCCCAACCCAUCGGGAGCGAAGAAAGCUUUCAUUGAUGGACUUACCGGUAAUACAGUCACAAGGGAACAAGUCGAGGAGCAAGCGCUUGCGUUGGCCGGCGGCCUCAAGAAGCUCGGCGUGAAGACGGGUGAAGUCGCCUGUCUCUUUGGGAUGAACAGUUUAGAAUGGAUCAAUGCCCUCUUUGGUUGUCAAGCAUUAGGCGUCGUAACUUCUCCCGCAAACUACGCCUAUACACCUCUUGAGCUCUUACAUCAGGUCAAAGACUCAACGUCUCAAACCAUUUUCGUUCAGCCCAAUUUAUUCCCAGUCUUAAAAGAGGCGUUGAAGUUGGACCCUUCUUGCAACAUCCCGGAAUCGAAAAUCUUCCUUCUUUGCCCUAAAGACAAGAAGCCCGCGGAUCUCAAACAUCUCAAGUGUACGGAGGAUCUUUGGGACAUGGGUAAAGGUAUUGAUGGACGAGCACAAUGGGAAGAGAAUGUGGAGAAUAAGACUGCAUAUCUUUGCUAUUCGAGCGGGACCACUGGUAAGGCGAAAGGUGUUGAGACAAGUCAUCACAACAUGACUAGUCAGAUUCAAGCAGUUCGAUGCUCAUUCGAACCAAUGACGGAGAAAGAUGUCGUUCUCGGCAUCCUGCCUUGCAGUCACAUCUACGGUUUAACUAUGAAUCUCCAUCAUGCCCUGUCCACCAAUGGUACUGUAGUUAUUCUUCCAAAAUUCGAAGAGAAAACUGUGCUUGAGGUUAUUCAACGAUACAAAGUAACUUUCAGUCUUAUCGUCCCGCCUAUGAUGAUUGCCCUUCUUCAUUCUUCCCUCGUCUCCAGUUACGAUAUCUCCUGCCUCAGGGGCUUCCAAUCUGGUGCUGCUCCUCUCUCAGCCGACUUGAUCAAAGCGUUUGAAUCAAGGUUCCCUCAUAUCCAAGUCACUCAAGGAUAUGGUCUGACGGAAACCACUCCCGUCUCCCAUGUGAUGACCCUUGAUGAAUCUCGGCACCAUCCCGGAGCCAUUGGCCGAGUGAUUCCUACAUAUCAGGCAAGAUUAGUCGAUGCUGAGAAUGGUAAGGAUGUGGAAAUUGGUGAGCGGGGAGAGCUCUGGUUAAAAGGACCAUCUGUCAUGAAAGGCUACUGGAGAAAUGAGGAAGCCACAAGGAAUGUUUUCGAAGAUGGAUGGUUCAAGACCGGCGAUAUUGCUAUAGUGGACGACCGAAAAUACUUCACUAUUGUAGACAGAGUAAAGGAGCUUAUCAAGUACAAAGGCUUCCAAGUGCCACCGGCCGAGCUUGAGGCCCUCCUUCUCGGACAUCCCAACGUUGCUGACGUCGGUGUGAUUGGUAUCUACGAUAAGUCACAAGCCACUGAACUUCCUCGUGCCUACAUAGUACCCAAAGGCGGCCUUGCUUCCCUUUCUUGGUCGGAUCGCGAGAAGCUUUCCAAGGAAAUCCAUGACUGGGCCGCUAAGAAGGUCGCCAAUCAUAAAAAGCUACGUGGAGGCGUUAUACUCAUCGAGGCAAUUCCCAAAAGUCCUAGUGGUAAGAUUCUGAGAAAAGAUCUGAGGUUAUUAGCCAUCAAGGAGCAAGAGGAGGGCGUGAAGGCUACAAGGGGAUCGAAGCUAUAAGAAAUACGGUGUUAUUCAACGAUCAAACGGUAGCUCUUGGGAUAAUCUAGUAUCUGUAGGAAGAUCCAAUUCUGUCGAAGUUUGCAGUGAUCAGAGAGGUAAUUAUAUGCAAGCAGUUAUACCGAC